AUGAAGAGAAAGCAAAAACCGGCAAGGCAGUAUAUGACUGUUUCUUCAAAGGAGACUAAAUCUAAUGAGGAAAUCAAACAAGCUCCAAAGAAGAAAGGUGUAUUUGCAAGAGUUGUGAGAGAAAAGAAGGAAGAUCAGAAGAAGGAACCGGUAAAGGAGCCACCCAAGAGGAUUCCUAAGAUUACUGUUGUUCAUAAGAUGAAGCCUAAAGGUGAUGAGAAGUCUAAACCAGAAGGCAAAAGAAGAACCGAUAAGAAGAAAAGGACUUUUAUUGAAUUGGAGAAAAUUUUGCCUAAGGAGUUGUAUGAUAGAUUAAAGAUACCUAAGGACAAGGAACCAGAAAAGAAGGAUGAGCAGGAUGUGGAUACUAAUCCAUUAGUUAGUACUCCACUAGCUAAUGAGGCAAAUUUUGAUGUUGAGGAUACACAAAAUCCUCUAGAAUCCCAUGUACAAGAUGUAGUGGCAAAGGUUGUAAAGGAUAAGGGUUCAGAAGAUAAGGUUUCUGAAGAGGCACCUAAAUAG